AUGGGGGGCGCCAGGGAGCAGACUUCCGGCUUGUUGGGGCAUAGGCGCUGGGCACCCGCAGCCGUUCUCCUCUGGCUGCACUUCUUCCCAUUGGCCGCCCCGAACACUCAGCCCUUGUCGGAAGUAUGCGGCAGGCCUAAAUAUACAGGGAAGAUCUUUGGAGGUAGGACAGCAAACCCCGAACGGUGGCCGUGGCAGGCCAGUCUGCUCCUGCACGGCAGGCACAUCUGUGGAGCCUCCCUCAUCGACAGAAACUGGGUGACCUCGGCAGCUCACUGCUUCCAAAGGUCCCACAACCCAUCUGACUACCGAAUCCUCCUGGGCUACAACCAGCUGAGCAAUCCCACAAACUACAGCCUGCAGAUGACAGUGAAUAAGCUAAUUGUCCAUGAAGACUAUGACAAAAUUCACCGCAUGUCAAGAGACAUCGUUCUGAUGCAGCUGCACCGGCCUGUGGAGUUCAACUCCCAUGUGCUCCCUGUUUGUCUGCCAGAGAGGAACUUGAACCUGGAACCCUAUUAUUCCUGCUGGAUAACUGGCUGGGGGAUGAUUACGGAACAGAGUUUCCUUCCUGCGCCCUUCCAGCUGCAGGCAGGGGAGGUGAUUCUCAUAAGCCAGGAGUCUUGUGCGGCUGCAUACGCACCUCUGCCUGGUGAGGAUAACCCUAAUGCCUACACAGUACAGGAGGACAUGGUCUGUGCUUCAGAAUACGCAACAGGAAGAUCUAUCUGCAGAGGAGACUCUGGGGGGCCCCUUGUCUGCCCAGUACAAGGUGUCUGGUACCUGAUAGGGGUGGCCAGCUGGAGUGGAGAAUGUAUAAGUCCUGUGGGUCCCAGCGUCUUUGCCAGAGUCACCUACUUCACUGACUGGAUCAGAGAGAAGAAGCAGGCCACCCCUGAGCCUGACAUCGCUUUCGCCCCUCCUUUGGAAGCUCCCUCCGCACUGACUGGCUUAAAUUCUCAGGAGACUGUCAUCAAGUCCAAGAGUUUCAUAGUCCUGCUGUCCUCUCAGCUCUUCCUCCUCCAGCUCAUUUUGCUCCUGUGA